GCCCCGGUUCACCGCUUGCUCAGCCCAACGGUCACUGCGAAUUCCUACCAAUCCGCAGACCAUUUGGCUCCAGGGAGGACAGGCAGCGGCAAGCAAACCUUUAGAGCUGCCCAGCGCCCAGCGAUGGGAAACAUUGCCGGCUGUUGCCGAACACUGAUGUGCAGCCUGCAGAUCUUGGCUGGCAGCUCAAGGCGGACACGUGACGAAUGCUCCGGUGCCGUGAACCAGCACCGCUUCCUCGAUGCUGCCAAGGCUGGCAACUUCUCGCAAGUGCGGAACAUGCUCACCGAAUCCCCCGAGCUGAUCAACUGCCAGCCUGGUGGUAGAUGGUCGGCACUGCACCACGCCGCCUACAAGGGCAAUUUGUCAGCCGUGCAGAACUUGCUCGAGCUUGGUGCUUCGACAACCUUGCGUACACGAGAUGGCUUUACCCCGGCAGAGGUGGCCGCCUCGAAUGUUUUCGAAUACUUGCUGUAUAUCUCCCUUCAGGCGACCGCAGCUGACGAGGUCAAGACUAAAGCUUCCACCAGUUGUGCCACAGAGGAAGUUCUUACUUCUCUUGCCCUGUGGAGAUUCUCACCUGAUACCAUUCCCAGAGGUCUCUGUGAGGGCAGUGAUGGCCUUCAGUGCCACAUUUGUCUUGAUGACUUCGCAGUUGGAGAGGAACUCCGGACGCUCCCUUGCCGUCAUUCCUUUCACGCUUGCUGCGUCGAUGAGUGGCUGCAAGAGAAGUGCCGAUGCUGUCCGACGUGUCGGAGAGACAUCACGGAUUGCGCCGGGAUUGCCGGAAGUCAAGACCAGUGA